AUGUCACAAUUACAGUCUGCGUCCAUUUCAUCCCUUUCAUAUGAAGUGCUCGCUCAUAUUUUCUCGUUCAUUGUGGAUUUGGACUCUCUUCACAACAAUGUCUUUCCUUGGCGGAGCGUGAAUCGAAUGUUCUAUGAAUUCACAGAAAGUGAGUAUUUCUGGAAUACCUUGUAUCGAGUGAUGGGCGAGAAUGAAAGAAAUUGCACCGAAUGGUUCGUAAAGUCAAAUGCCGAACAUGAUGACCGCCACCACUCUUUGGAAUUACUACCAGUCGUAAGAAGAGAGGAGAUGAGUGUAGAUGUCAUUUCUGCUGUUGAGGCUAUUUAUGCUAAUAUAGAUACAUCAAUAUUCACAAGUAAUGAUCACAUUUAUACUCCAAUGGCUGCUGGAAUUUUGCAAGGAGCCUUUGAGGAGUAUCUUGUAAGAGUGUUUCAAGUGGCUCAAACACUGUGUGAGUUUAUGCACAGUGGACAUGUGAACAGUGAGCAUGUGCAUCUGGCUGCACAAUUAUGGAGGGAAGAUAUGAGCCGAGUGUUUAGUUUUAGUGAGGAUGAAACAGAUGAUACUGAAUCUGACCAUGACGAAAGUGAUAGCAGCAGUGACUGUUCUGAUGAUUACUCGACAGAAAGCAACUUGUCAAGUACUUGUUUUGUUCGAUAUUUCAGGAAUUCAGAGCACGGGCAUGAAUUUCCUGGGGAUGACGUUUGUUACUUGGCAGAACCCAUUCUCCACCAAGAUGACACGUUCGAAAAUGUGGAUGGCUGUUAUUACAAUUCCAAUGAUGACCUUGUAGUUGUGGAUAACGAUGGCAUGAAAACAGUUGAAAUCACACUCACCAAUGACAGAGACAAAAAGAUUGAAAAUGGAUGGUAUUAA